AUGGGCGCUGAAGAAACCUCCUCCACCGCCAGCAAACAUGGCCUCCGCGACAAGAUCCGCGAAAAGGUAGACCACCUCCAGUCGGACAUCUCCCGCCUCGGCGUCGCCGUCAGCACCACCUGGAACCCCAACCACCGCCACGACGACCCGUGGGAGAAGGAGGUCGACGACAAGCUCCUCGCCAUCCGUGAUGGCCACCGCUUCAGGUCGUUUGCCCCAGAGCGCACCGACAACGUCGUCAAGUGGCACAUUGACGGCCACGACUACUUCUGGGCGCUGUCCGAGCUCAUUGACCAGGCCAAGGAGGCGAGUUGA